AUGAUAUUUCUUCAAAAAUGUCAAUCAUCAUGUCUACAUGGUAAAUGUUUCAGUUAUGUCAAUAAUCGAAAUUUAACAUUUUGUCGAUGUGACUCUGGGUGGUCGGGUGUUGCCUGUGACAAAAAAUAUACUUGUAAUUGCUCUUCUAAGUCAGUAUGUGUUAGCGAUUCCAUUUGUUUAUGUCCUCUUGAACGCUUUGGUCCUCGAUGUUAUCUUCUUAGAUCUUCAUGUCAAUCUGAUUCAUGCUUAAACGGAGGUACUUGUGUGCCAGGUGACCAGCGUCAUACAUUUUCACAUAGAAAUAAUCUGGCAUGUAUUUGCCCUGAACAAUAUUCAGGUGAUCGUUGUGAACAUCAACAGACUCAAAUUGAAAUAGCAUUUCAUGAUCAGUUAUCUAUUCCACAAUCGCUAAUUAUUCAUUUUAUCGUGGUUCGAAAAGGAGCAGAACAUAUUCAAACAAGUAUAAUGAAAAAGAUACGAUUUGAUCAAAAUUCGUUGUCAUUCUACGUUUCGUUCACAUUUAAUCUGAUUUUCGUAAUUAUUCAUAAUAAUUACUAUUUAAUCUUUCUUCAAGAGCAACCGAUUAACACAACUGAUAUUUCCAUAAAAAUUAUUCCAUCGCAUCGAUGUUUAUCAAUUGAUGAAUUAUUCAAUAAGACAUUUGCAAAAAAGCAUUUAUUGAAACGUAUUAAAUAUUACCAUAUUCCAUGUCAAGAACGAUCUGAUCUCAUUUGUUUCUAUGAUAAUACUCAUAUUUGUUUAUGUGAUCAUUAUCGACGAGCGAACUGUUUCAAAUUCGAUCAUAAUACAACAUAUGAUUGUCAAGGUGCAAAUUUAUGUGAAAAUAAUGGUUAUUGCUUUCAAGAUUAUUCCAAGUGUCCAACAUCAUCGCUUUGUGUUUGUGUUGAUUGCUAUUAUGGAUCAAAAUGUCAAUAUUCUAUCAAAGGUCCGAGCCUUUCCUUAGAUGCUAUUUUGAAUUAUCAAAUCCGUUCAAAUCUAAGAAUUACUCAACAACCUACUAUUAUCAAGGUGGCGAUUAUAUUAUCUGCAAUUAUAUUUCUCUUUGGUUUUAUCAGUAAUUUUCUUUCAUUUCUAACAUUUCGUUCUAAGAUAGUAUGUCAAGUUGGUUGCGGUUUGUACCUGUUUGCUUCGUCGAUAACAGCAAUGAUUACAAUAACUGUAUGUGUUAUUAAAUUUUGGUUUCUGCUUGCAUCACAAACAGGUUCGAUUAGUAAUCGUCGUUUCAUUCGUAUACAAUGUAUACUGGUGGAUUUUUUUCUUCGCGUUCUUCUUAGUAGUGUUGAUUGGCUUGGUGGCUGGGUGGCCAUUGAAAGAGCUGUCAGUAUUUUAAUCGGCAUUCAUUUUAACAAAAAAAAAAGUAAAAAAAUUGCUAAAUGGGUUAUUCUAAUGGUUUUUGUCUUGACUUCGUGUACGUAUAUUCAUGAUCCAACUAAUCGCUAUCUAUCUUAUGACGAAGAAGAACAACGAUUAUGGUGUUUUGCUAAAUACUCAUCAACUGUUGAAAUAUUUGAUUCAGUUAUAAGUAUUCUUCAUUUUUUUAUUCCAUUCAUAAUUAAUUGUAUUUCGGCAUGUAUCAUUAUCAUUGUUACAGCUCAUAAUCUUCUGGUUACUCAGAAAACGCAGUCAUACAUACGCUUUUUACACAGACAAUUCCAGCAUCAUAAACAUUUACUAAUAUCACCAUUUAUUCUUAUAAUACUAGCUCUUCCUCGCUUGAUCAUUUCAUUUUUAUCUGGAUGUAAGAAAUCAGCUCGAGAGGAGCAUUGGCUCUUUUUAUUUGGCUAUUUCAUUUCAUUCAGUCCAUCAAUGUUGACACUCAUUGUGUUUAUAUUACCAUCAAAUAUGUACAAGAAAGAGUUAAUUAAAGUGAUAAAACGCUGGAGUCAAACAUAG